CCACCACACCACUUCCACCAUGUCCUCCGCACCCUCAUCCUCGUCGGCGCCCGCGACCGGCCGCCCGCUCGUCGUGGCGUCGCUGCAGGCCGCGGCCGACGGCUCGUACCAGGCGGCGGUGCAGCGCCUCGGCGCCGAGGCCGGCGCCUCCGUCGAGAUGCACAUGCUCGACCGCAUCACCGACGCCGCCACUACGCUCACACCUGCGUCGUACGGCCCCGUGCUGCUGCUCGUGCCCGCCGCGCAGAUCGUGCCUUCGCUGCUCGCGGUGCUGCAGGCGGCGCUGGUGCCCUCGGGCGUGCUCUCCGUGCAGGCGCUCAGCGGCAGCGAAGGCGCGGCGGAGGAGCUCGCCGAGGUGCGCAAGACGCUGCUCGAGAGCGGCCUGCAGGAGGUCGCCAUUGACCUCGACGCUGGCGCCGUGCGGGGCACCAAGGCUGCCGCUGCCGCCGUGCCGCUGCGGCGGCUCAACCUCGGCGGCGCCAACGGCGCAGCACGCGCCAAGAAGGCCAGCCUGUGGGCCACCGCGCCGGCGUCGGCGGGCCUCAUCGACUCCGACUCGCUGCUGAGCGAGGCCGAGCGCAUCGCGCCGCGCGCCGUGCGGCGAGAGGACUGCGACGUCGAGGCUGCGCUGGCGGGCGGCAAGCGGCGCAAGGCGUGCAAGGGCUGCACGUGCGGCCUGCGGGAGCUCGAGGAGGAGGAGGCGCGCGGCACCGACCCCAUCGUGCAGCUGGCCGAGUCCAACGACAUGCCAAACGGCGCGCCGGGCGCUGCGCCCGCACGCAUGGAGACCACCGAGACGAUCACAGACGAGAACGGCGUCACGCGCGUGGUGAAGCGGGUCAAUGUGGACACGCGCGGCGCCACGAGCUCGUGCGGCAGCUGCUUCCUCGGCGACGCCUUCCGCUGCAGCGGCUGCCCCUUUCUCGGCCUGCCGGCGUUUAAGCCUGGCGAGCAGGUGCAGAUCCCGCUCGACAUGGACGACGGCCUCUAGGCGGCGGCAGCAGGGUGGCACGGUGACAGC